GGUCACUCGUCCCAUUCCACCGCUGAUCGCCGAGCAGCCCACUAGAACACGUCAAGCUCUGCUCUGCAGCAAGUACGACACUGGACUGAAACAUCCCCCCUCAACACAAGUCCUGCGUACCGUUUUCGGUUCAAGUUUCCAACCGUAGUACACUGCAGCAGAUCUUAUACGAAAUGGCUAGCCGUUACGCCUCCGCCGCUGCUCUGCUGAUCGUCGUCGCGGUCGCCGCCGUCUUCCAAGCUACGUCCGCCGCUUACAUUGUGCCCGAAGUGGUCAUGAUGAGGAUGAAGCGUAACCCCGAGCCCAUGCGAUCGUUUUCGUACAGCGGUUUCAACCCCAACGGGCAGAUGUCCGCGUUCACUGGUCUGGCCGAGUACCCGAUGUUCGGUGGCAGCUUCGGAUCACCGCAGCAGGCCGGUCCGUACAACUACGGGCCACCGCAGGCCACGCAAGACUCUUACGGGCCACCGCAGGCCACUCAAGACUCUUACGGGCCGCCGCCGUCGGGCGUUGCGGGACCGCAGCAGACACCGGCCGCCGACUCGAACAACAAACAGCCACAACAGUACGGAGGCUCGUCGGCCGCGGGCAGUCAACAGCAACCGCAAGAGUACGCGCCGCCGAAAUCGGGCGUGCCGGUCGAUUCUAGGGAACAGAACAACAACAGCGUGGAACAAGCAGACAACAAGAAACAGCACAGAGGUCGCGAUGGUCCGAGCAGCAACGCGGAAGCUUCGUUCAACGCUUGGUUUCCCAUAAUGUUCGGCGUUUUCCCCAACGGUGCCGGCAGCGGCAACGGUCAGUCGGGCAACUCGAACAACCGCGGUUACAACAACCAAGGACAGGGCCAGGGUCAGGACCAAGGUAACUCGUACGGGGGCAACGGUUACGAGAGGUCAUCGGGCACGACGGUGAUCGCAAACAGCGUGAGCAACGGCAGACACGGUGUGGCCACCAGUCAUGCGAUCGCCUACGGAAAUCCCAGGUCGCAAAACUGAACGCGACCAUCAGUCAUAAUAGUUGGGAUUAGAAAGACCCCGAGUUAAUGAUUUUGUAUAGAAUUAAAAGGCCAUUCUAGUUCUCCACGAUAUAUAUAUAUAUAUAUAUAUAUUUAUACUAUGAUGUUAGAUACCGUAAAAUGGGUUAACUGCAUACCAAUGUAUACCAUAUACCUAAUUACAAAAUAUUUUCAAAUUAUAACUAUUAUAUUAUAUACAUAUUUUUUUUUGGCAUAUAACAAUUAUAAUCGUGUGUGUUAUAUUCGUAGUUGCAUUUUGUAACAAUAAUUGGUACAAUAAAUCGAUUAAAUAUGAACAUAAUAUGUAUUAUACACCUACUCCUUAAACUGUCGUCUCUUUCAUUUAUUUUUAGUUUUUACAAUAACCUAUCGGCUACCGUAAUUACAUGCGUUGUCUGCUUGAUGGUUCAACUUGCGUAGAAUUUUCUUAUCCAUUCUCAUAAUAACAACAUAAUUACUCCUGAACUUCGUCAGAAUAGUUACUAUAGGUUUACAUAGUUACAUUUACAUUAAUAAUUUUUAUAAAACGUGUCUUAUAAUAAAAAUGUACCUAUUUGAUAUGUUUCUUAUUUAUUGUUAGAUCUUUUUGAUGAAGUGAACCAAUUGAUUUGCAAUUAUAUUAUUUAUGCACUA